AUGGAGGUGAAGAUCACCGAUGAGAUCCACUAUCUUAUCAAACGUAUUGACGAGACCGAUGGCGAACCCAUGAAUAUACACGAAGUACUGGUGCCGAGCGUAUCCAACAUUAUUAUGCAACUGGUGUUUGGCCACCGAUACGAGUAUAAUGAGCCCACGCGACAAAACUUGGACCAAACCCUGGACCAAAUGCCACACGUGUUCAAUAGGUUUGGGUUUUUAGCGACGGCACCGGUAUGGUUGGCCAGGAUAGCCUUCAAAAUGGGUUUAUAUGGCGAUCAUAAGAAGUUUGAUUACUCGUAUCAGUUGUUUGAUAAGGAAAUUUCUUCGCACCAGAAGUCAUUGGAUUUGAAUACUAAACGCGAUUAUAUCGACGGAUACCUAAUGGAAAUGGAUGUCAGACAACGAAAGGAUCCCAACUCUAACUUCAAUAUGAAGAGAUUGCAGGCAAACUGCCGGACAUUUUUCGGUGGAAGUGUUACCAUCCGGACUAUCACUGAAUGGAUGCUAUUAUUUGCCGUCAGAUAUACUGAACACCAGAAGAGGAUUCACGAAGAGAUCGAUUCUGUGGUCGGAAGAGAUCGGAGUCCCUGUUAUGCCGACAGACUUCAUAUGCCGUUCACUCAGGCAUUCAUUAAUGAAGGUUUGGUCCAAGUUUUGUCGCGUGGGCUCAUUAUACUCGUAUCGGUGGCCAAACACCAGUUGCAUAAUAAUGUUGGAUACGCUCGGCACCAGUACUUCGUGUAUAUUCAUGGGUUCGCCAUCGGUCUCGUCAAUACGUUUGAUAAGAUAGUGGAUCUCAUCGGUGAUCUUCACCUCCAUAAUGGUCUUCCCGAAGCCUAA